AUGAACAGCACUUUCACGUUUGGGGAUCGUCAAGCCGGUUACAUGAAUUCUUCAGCUCCUUCUCGUUAUCGGCAAAAUUACCACCGAAGGAACUAUGCACGAGCUCCACAAAUUUGCAAAAACCCGGCUCUCUUCAAGACAACGCUAUGCGACUAUUAUGUUACUGGAGCCGACUGCAAAUUUGGAGAGGAUUGUUGGUAUGCUCACGGAGAGAAGGAUCUGCGAACUUCGUGUGAAAACGAGCAAUACUUUGCAGCUCAACAAAUGGCCACACAUUACCGAAAACCAAUCCAGCCCAUUCAAAAGCCAAGGGAAUCCCAAUGCAAAACUUUGCUGCCUCUGCGUGAGAAUCUUGUCUCGGAACCACAUCAAGAAAAAGGCAUCCCUCCAGCUUCAUUCAAAGCCGAGUACGCAGAAGACACUGUCAUCUUCAUGCCUAUCAAAUGCAGAUCGAUUCACCAAGCCGGGGUUAUUGCUCAAGGUUUGGAAAAAGAGAUGGCUGCAUGGCAAUCUUACAUGGCCACGCAAUAUCUGAAAAGCUUCCAAGCUGAGGAGGGGAUGACAGAAGUCGAAAAGAGCAGCCGUCGCACGUCGGCCCAAUUCUCUGCCACUUUUUCGAGCUCGUCUGAAUCGGGACUCUUUUCACCAGCGUAUCCAUUCAAUCAAAGCUUCAAUCUG